CUUUUUCUUUAUUAGUAACAAAUUAUUCAAAUAUUUACCAAAACAGCGACAUAGCCCAAAAGGCGACAGAACCUGUUAAGGUGGUUAUACAGCCAAAGGAAUAUCAUUUAAUGAAACUUCAGUUUUAAAAACAAUCAUGGACGCCGCAGGACAGGUUCUAAAGCGCGCCGUAGAGCUUGAUAACGAGGAAAAGUAUUCAGAGGCACUUGUUUGUUAUCAAGAAGGGAUCGACAUUCUAUUUACCUCUGUUAAGCAAUCAGCAGAUGAUAAAUUCAAGGCAAACGCCCGCCUCAGACUAAACGAAUACAUGAAUCGAGCGGAGCAACUGAAGGAAUUCGUCAGUAACCAAAAGGAAGUUGGUAAAUACCACGAAAAAAUCGAGCUUGAGGCUGGACAAAGAGGAUGCAGCUAUUCAAGAUUAUUUUCAAAAUAUAUUGAUGAGAAACUUACGACAGUCAGAAUUCAAGAUCCCUACAUAAGAACUCACCAUCAAAUUAUGAACCUUUUAAGAUUCUGUGAACUUCUCAUUAAAAAGGCGAAGAACCUAAACUGCAUAAAGCUGAUAACGACGGCUGCUGACUUUGAUCAUGCUGCACAACAGUUUGAAAAACUGGAGCAACUUCAGAAAAGCUUGAAAGACCUGAAAGUAAACUUUGAUUUUGAAAUGUUAGAAACUCUACAUGACAGAGAAAUAGAACUUGAUAAUGGAUGGGUCAUAAAAAUAGGCAGAGGACUUGACUAUUUUAGAGCACCUUUGUCAAAAUUUGCAAUUGGAUCUUGGGAUUUUGAUUUGAGAGAGUGCCUGAAGACAACAAUUGAUAUAUACUCAAAGAAAUAGUACCAAUACUUGAUAAAAUAUGUAGCAAAUUAAGAGCUACAAAGCAUUUCAUGAGUUUCAAACAUUUUAAAGGCAGGUAACAAUAGAAAGUAUGACUAAUUAGGUAAAACAAUAGAUAUCUUGCUUUUGGGAACACAAACUUGACAGCUAUGCAAAUUGCAAUAAAAAAUCAAUAAUUUCCUAUAUGACAGUGGUGAUUCUUGCAAGUAACUUGAUUGGCUGUGAGUCAAUUCUAACUUCACUCAAUUUUAGUUCAAAUUGAAUCUAUAAAUUAUUGCAUAAUAGUUUAAAUGCAUUUCAAGUAAGCAAUUUUAUAAUCACUACCAAUAUAUUCCAUUAAAAUAUACACCAGCUUUGUCACUGUAAAUAUUAUUUUUUAUUCUUCUUUCUUUAUAUCAUUAGGACUUUGUAAAUCGUGAAUUCAAUUGUCUGUUCAUUUUUCUAAGAAUUGCUGGAUUUAGCAAAGUUUUUUGUUGUACAACACAAGUUUUCUUAUUAAAUGAAGGAAAUUUGUGUUUUUGAAUAUUAUUCAUCUUUGAGCUAUUAAAUAACCUUGUGUCUAGGAACUGGAAUAAGACAUAAUGAGGCAAAAUAAAUCUGUUGAAGAUAAAAGUCAGUAACAAUGCAAUAUGACGACAAGAAUCUGAUGUUGUAUAAUAGAAUUUUAAGAUAAAUUUAGUAUAGACUAAUGCUCCAGCAUACAUAAAUUCAUCUGUGUGAAUGAAACAAAAAGGUAGAUGAAUUUGAAAUUUGCAAUAAUGAUGCCCCAUUGGUUGAUGUUAGAAUGACAUGAAUGCAGCAUAACAGAGAAAAAUGGGAUGAAGGAGGUGGAAAUCUGAUUGAGGGCACAGUAGGGGUUUACAUUUGAGAGGGUUAGAAUAUUAUUUUCCUAAAACUCUGUCCUAUCCCUCUUAU